AUGAGCCCGCAAGUUGAUCGUUUCUCGUCUGGAUCGAUCGGCCCUCAACUCGGGAACUUGAACCACACAAGUCCUCAAGCGAAUCAGGGAAUCAGCUCAUUCAGUCCACAAGUGCCGGAGCGAUUCGACUGGCAGCACAAUAGCCUUUCGUCUCCCUUGCCCCCCCAGAUGGGUUUUGAUCCGGACCGCAAUCGAGAUCGAUUUCCAGUUGAGCAUCACCAUCACCAGCGCCCGAUCGAUCGCUCACUAAGCAGUUCAAUUGCGCCCUUCAAUCAUCGGCUUCACUCUGGCAAUCAGCCUGGACCUCCUCUCCCCGGUGCCAGCACACUCCUUCCUGCCUUUCGAGAGGGUCUUGCUCGUGUACCCGCUCCUCAACCGUCUCUCUCUCAUCAAAGCUUGGUAGGGCAUCGCACUGUUCACCCCCUUCCUCUCCGACCCACCGGCUUCUCACCAAUCCCACCGUCCAACACCCAGACGAUCAAUCACCUGCCCAUUUACUCCGCUCCAGCUGGAGUGAUCAGGAACUCAUCUCUCUCUCCUCCCGAUCACUCCAGCUGGCGAUUGCCGAUUCCCUUGGUGGGUGUGGUUGCUCCACCCCACUUCACUGCUGCGCAAGCCUCUCUCGGCACAAACCUUCCUGCUGAUUCCGGGUCGGCUUCUCUCUCCUACCCCAUUCAAAAUGGUUGA